CGCAUCGAACAACUUCGACAACUUCGGAAUGAUUCAUGGUCAACUCACUGAUGUCGAAUUUGAAAGGAUUUUGGGAUUGGGUGAAUCAAAUGUCUCUGCCGAAUCGGCCACGCAGAUAAAUCGAUCUCAUUCCGACCAAUAUAUGACGGAUUGGAAUUCGCUUUUUGAGCAGGAGCCAAUAAAAAUAGAUGAUAUGUUUAAUGGACAUAGUUCCCAUCAAGCACCGGACACUCAACUCCAAAAUUCGAUUAUUUCACCAGAUUCGGGCAUCUGUGAUGAAGGAUUAGCGGAAUCCGAUUCAUCUUCAUCAACUCCACCUACCUAUUCCCAAAUUUUCGAAGUGAAAGAUCAAUGUUUACAACAGAAGGAAUGUUACCGAACAUCGGUACCCAAGUCCACACCCUACGUCUUCAAAACGAAUUCGAGUUUAUGGAAAAAUCGCAAUUACGAAAUAGUUGAAAGUGUGAGGCCAACAAGUAUGAUACCAAAAAGUGACGUUAUCAAGCCAAAAGUGAGAAUAAGAGAAGGUGUCCGGAAACUGCAAAAACAGAAGGUAUUCAAGUGUUCCAAAUGCGAAUUCUCUUCAUACUUCAGGGAUAUUCUGGACCAGCAUAUCCACAGAACACAUUUACAACCAAAUCAAGAAUGCAAGCAGAUACAAUCGAAUGAACGUGUUAAUUUUACUAUCAACGGAAAAGAAAAAGCACCCCAUUCCUCUGUUGCUAAUAGGGCGUCUAUAAGGAGUAAGAAAUUUACCUGCACAGAUUGUUCAUUUCCGACGACAGAUUUGAGAAUAUUUCUGAAUCACAUAUUUGUGAUACAUAAAUACCGCUGGUACAAAUGUCUAAUCUGCCGUGUUUGCACGACAUCUCCAAAUGCAAGCAUGGAGCAUUUUCGAAAAAAUCCUGAUCACAUGAUACCAUAUGGGAAAAGAAACUCACAGAAAAAGAUAAUUCAACCGAGACGAGAAAAAAAAUACAGGUACAAGUCGGAUGAGAACUUGAACAUCGAGGUGAAGAAAGAAGGAUUGUUAUAACACCCAAACCUCAUUGUUUCAAGAAGGGGAAUAAAAUAGAAAAAAAAUUCUACUGUGAGGUUUGUGAAUUUAAAACACUUAGCUACAGUACACUGAUGGUACAUAAGAAUAGGAAUCAUAAUUUGGCUAUGAGAUGCCCAGGGUGUUUUCGUCACUUAAAUUCGAUAGCUGAAUUGAUAAAACAUUUAAUGGAUAGUCCCAAUCAUAUGACGACUUAUCUCAGAUGCAACAUUUGUGAUUUUGGAACCUACGAUGAACGGGCAUUAACGAUUCAUAAGAAGAGGAAACAUUUUUAAUCAAUUCAUGACGGAAGUGAACGAAGAUCCGUGAAGGUGAAAAUAUCUAAUGUGAGUAGAAAGUAUUAUUCCUGGAAUCGAAAAGAAGAAAAUGAGAAAAGUAUGGACGUCACUGACACAAUCGAAGUAGAUUCUUACGUUUGCAUAUAAACUAGAAGAUUUCAAAUAACCGACUUUGCAAUAGAGGCAAACGAGAAAUAUGAAGUGAAACAACGUCUGAACUUGGGUACCUAAAACAUAUUGUAUAAUGAACCAAAAUUUAACCCACAUUAUUUCACUACUGAUUAAUCGA